AUGUCUGGUAUUAUCAGUGAUGUAGCCUUCAACGAUGUAUUCACAGCCACCAAGGACGAUGCGACGAUGCAGGCGCUCGUGACGGCCGUCUACGAACUCGGAUGCCUGGCGGGUGCCGUCUACGCUCUCAUGUUUGGUGAUCGCAUGGGCCGACGUUGGAUGAUCCUGUCUGGCGCUGCUGUUAUGAUCCUUGGCGUGAUCAUCCAGGUCACAUCCUUCCCAGGCCAUAUCCCCCUGCUGCAGUUCUUCAUCGGUCGUGUCAUCACCGGUAUUGGCAACGGUAUGAAUACUUCCACCAUCCCUACUUACCAGGCCGAAUGUUCCAAGACCAGCAACCGUGGUCUACUCAUUUGUAUCGAAGGUGGUAUCAUCGCCAUUGGUACUGCGAUUGCCUACUGGAUUGACUUUGGAUCUCACUAUGGCCCGCCCGACUUGGUCUGGCGCUUCCCCAUUGCGUUCCAGAUUAUCUUCGGUAUUAUCAUCGUCGUCGGCAUGUGGUUCCUCCCAGACUCCCCCCGCCACCUCAUCGCCAAAGGCCGCAUUGAAGAAGGCGAAUAUGUCCUCGCUGCUCUCAAUGGCUGUGAGGUUCACGAUCACGAAACCCAGAUUCAGAAACAGCUCACCCUCGACUCUCUCCGUGCCUCUGGCGCGCUGGGUAAGAAGACUAGCUUCCGCGAUCUCUUGACUGGCGGACCUAGCCAGCACUUGCGCCGCAUGCUUGUUGGCUCCUCGUCCCAGGUCUUCCAGCAGCUCGGCGGCUGCAACGCCGUCAUCUACUACCUUCCCGUGCUGCUUAAGUCCAAUUUGCACCAGGACAACGACCAGGCUCUCCUGAUCGGCGGUAUCAAUAUGAUUGUCUAUGCUGUCUUCGCUACCUUCUCUUGGUUCUUCAUCGAAAGGAUUGGUCGCCGUAAGCUCUUCCUCGGCGGCUCUAUGGUCCAGACCACAGCCAUGAUUAUCACCUUUGCAUGUUUGAUCCCUGGUGACGAGCAAUCCUCCAAGGGUGCCGUAUUCGGACUCUUCCUCUACAUGGCUGCCUUCGGCGCUACCUGGCUGCCUCUUCCAUGGUUGUACCCGGCCGAGCUGUCUCCCGUGCGUACCAGAGCCAAGGCCAACGCCGUGUCGACCUGUAACAACUGGUUGUUUAACUUCGCCGUCGUCAUGUUCACGCCCCCGAUGGUCGCGGCGAUUGGCUGGGGCACUUAUCUAUUCUUUGCCGCCUGGAACGCUUUCUUCAUCCCCGUUAUCUGGUUCUUCUACCCCGAGACGGCGAACCGGAGUCUCGAAGAGAUCGAUUUGAUCUUCGCAAAGGGCUACCACGAGAAGAUCAGCUAUGUCCGUGCCUCGCACGAACUGCCCAAGCUCUCUGAUGACGAGAUCGAGGCUGAGGCUGCCAAAUACCAAUACAGUCCUGAGACCGAGGCCGAGGUUGAGAAGGGCCAUGUCGCGCAUCCUGGUAGCACCAGUGAAUAAGGGUGCAGCUAGUAUCUCGGUGAUGCGUAUACAUACAUACUUGAAUAUGCACAAAAUCGAUAUUCUCGAGGGUUUUUGUGGAUGUUUGGACGUUGAUUGAUCUUUUCUUCCUCUUCUCUUUCUUUUGUUCAUGAGUAUAGUCUCUUGGGUUUGAGCGCUGGAUGGAUGACUUUGCUGUGUUUUGCUUGUUCCGUAUACCCCAGUCGAAACCCUUGGAUAGGUGCGAUAUUUCCUUCCCUUUUUUUUUUUUAAAUAGAGUAUAUAUCCAGAUUUACAUCCGGAGUACUUUCUUAGACAAUACGACCUCAAUACAAUAUUUUAUUGAACG